AUGGAAAUAUUAAAAGGCAGUGUAAACAAAAUUGUGAAUACACAGAGGAGUCCGCUGAGCUACGAUGACGAUGGAAAGCCUUUCAGUUCUCUCUUCAGGAAGAACCGUGUCUCCUUCUACGAUGACCUCCGUACAGAGGCGGUGCUUUUAUUGGACAAGGGAAGCGAGCCGAUAAACUAUAAGUUGAUUAAUAGAGAAUGCGUCUUAUUUUCCCAAGGGAAACAAAUAAGGCACAUAAGAAAAAAACAGGAGUUUGAAAAAAUCAACGAUAUUUUAAACAGUAUCGACUACUUGGACACCUUGAAGGAAAAGGUGCACGACAGAAAUGUGGAGAAAAUUAUCGAACCCCUGGGGAUAUGUGCCCCAAGGGAAGGAAUACCAAAAGGCAGUGGUGAGGAAUAUGGCGAGCUAACAUACAAGGAUAAAUUUGAGGUGAUGAAAAACAAGUAUAACGAUUUGAAGAAAAAUAUGGACACUAGGAUCCACCUCGAGUUGAUUAAGGCGGGAGUUUUUUACAACCAAGACGACAUACAAAACGUGCUCCAUAUGGUGAGGAAAUAUCAGGGUGAUCUCAAGACGAAAAAGAGUAUUAUAAACGUUCAAAAUGGAAUUAUACAGAACGUCGUGGAGCGCAACAAACUAAGUAGAAAUAAGCUUCGUCUUGAUAAAGAAAAAAAUGAGGGGCUCAUGAAAAUGUGCCGUACCUACUACGAACAGAACAAAAACACGCAGAUGAGACUCAGAAAAUUGAAGCAUGCAUUCCUCGAGUAUAAGAUAGCCUUGGAAAGCAUUGUCUCCUGCUGCGAGAAAAUUGGUGGAGACAAAAUAAUUUUGAUGGACGUCGUGAAGUCAGCUAGGGCGCAAACGGACCUGUCGAUAGCGACCGAUAUAUUGAACACGAAAAAAAUCCAGGAGCUGGAGAUGAACAUAUGCUAUUGUGAACAUCAAAUAAACAGCCUGAAGGACGAUUUGGACACCAUGCUAGCAAAGUUACAAGAUGAAAAGAAAGAGAAACGGGAAGUGAUGAACCAAGCCUUACAAUAUAAGGAACACCUGGCGAAGAAUAAUGACAUGCUUAUAGAGGCACUGGAAAACUUCCGUCGUGUGAUGAUCAGUGUGGAUGAGCAUCUCUCCAGGGAGAGCGACAGAAGUGAUUUCAAGAAGACCUUUGACAAUAGCAAGAAAAAGUACAAUGACUUCGUGCGGAAGGCUGCGGUGAAGAACAAGGAGCUCCAAAAAAUGGGAGACAAGCUUAUCUUGAUGAAUGCCUUGAGCGGGCAGGAACUGAAAAAACACCAAGAGUACCUGAACAGGCAAAUAAAUCAAAUUAGAAAAAACCAAGGAGGAAUAGAGGAAGAAGAACAGAAGGGGAAUAAGAAUAAUGGAAAAGUUGGGGAAGUAGAAAAAGGGAACCAAGAGGAAGAGCAAGACCAGAAGCAAACCCUGGAAGGGAAAUCCUGUCAAGGGGUGAAAGAUAUACCCAAUGACAUAGAAGGAAAACAGGGCAAAGAGAAAGAGGAACAAACAAAACGUGUGGAUGAAAGUCUAGAAGGGAGAAUAAUAAAUCAAGUGAUGGAGCUCCUGCAAAAAAAAGAAAACAACAAGUUAACGUUUGAAGAUUGUGUGGAUGUCAUAUACAAAGUGAAUCUCCCUCUGACGCAGAGCAAGCUGAAUGAACUGAAGGCAAUGGGCGAAGUAGACAAAGAGGACCUGAUUGCCUUCAUUAAAACUUUUAUAAUGGACGAGGAUGAAGCCUUACAGAACAUGAUCACCUUCUUUGAAAUUUGGGACGUCCAGAAAACGGGUUACAUGCACAAGGAGCUCAUUUUGCUAAUAUUGAAGCAGUUUGGGGACAAACUCACGGAAGAUGAAAUGGAAUAUUUGCGGGGAGAGGUAAAUGCAUUCAAGGAAUCUAACAUUUCGUACGUUGAUCUACUCAAAAGAUGGAUCCAAGGAACAGGGGAGUAG